AUAUUUGUAUGUAUAUAUAUCAGUCUAUAGUGACGACUAAACCCAUCUAUCGUUUUCUACCUCUCUCUCUCUACAAUUCGCUCCUCAACUCAUUUUUCUGCUUUGGAAUAUCUCUCGCUCAAGAGUCAUGUCGGAGAAGGGUCGUCCAUUGCCAAAGUUCGGUGAGUGGGAUGUUAAUGAUCCUACUUCAGCUGAGGGAUUUACUGUAAUAUUUAACAAGGCCCGUGAUGAGAAAAAGACAGGUGGGAAACCAGAUUCUCCUUCAAAGGUGGACACAAAUACAAAUUAUGGAGGAGCAGAGCCUAUAAAACCUCAGGGUUCAGGGUUGCUUUCGACUCAACUUAUUCAGGCUUUAGCUGUAUCUCUGAACUUUCCUUAUAAUCAUAAAAAAUGGUUUUGCUGCAUGCAGAGCCCGAGUGCAACAUCUUGACCAUGUCUAUGUGUAGACGAAACAUGUAGAGUGCAUAUUCUAUAAAGAACGCAGAAGAUUGGGAGGUGCAGGUGACAUUAGGCACUCACAUUCCAUUCUAUGUGUUGUAAAACUGUGUUCGUGUCCGUGUUCGUGGUGUGCCCGAUCAUUUUCAAAACUUUCUUAAACCCUAUACUGCUGCUAUAUGUUUGUGGAUCAUCUUCAUCAUAUGAUUAUUGUUUUUUCUAUU